AUGGAUCGGUGGUUCAUGAUGUUUGCUUCCUUCCUGAUAAUGGCUGGUGCUGGUGCUGGUGCAACCUAUCUCUUUGGUGUACUGUUUAUUCAAAACGCCACCUUUGGCUAUGAUCAAUCAACCCCUAAUACUUUAAGCACAUGCAAAGAUUUGGGAGCAAAUGUUGGAGUUCUAUCCGGCCUAAUACCCGAGAAUUUUGCAAACACGGGUUUAGUUGUUACUUGUGUGAAAAACUUUCCAGAAGGUCGAGGUAUGUUACUAGGUUUAAUGAAGGGUUAUGUAGGACUAAGUGGUGCAGUUUUUACCCAACUUUAUCUUGCUAUAUAUGGAAAUGAUGCCCUAAUUGGAAGUGUCACUGACGUUUGUGCUUUGCUUUUCCUUCCGUGCCUUAUUGCGAUCUGGAAAGAAUUUUAUACUUGGAGAUUGAACAAAAAGGAAGAUAGAAAAGCCCCUUCUGGGGUUCUUGUUGAGGAACCACCUUUGAUAGAAUCAAAACCUGUAGAAGAGAUUGAGCCAAAAAUCGUCGAAUUGGUGGAAUAUCCAAAAUCCAUGGUCGAAGAAAAGAAAGAAACUUCAUGGGUUUGUCUCAGAAAAACUAGUCUUGAAAUGGAAAAUACCUCGUACUCUUAUGAUGACAUUUUCCCUCAUGUUACCAUGCAUCGGAGACCUGUUGAUCGCGUUGCCCUUCCUGGGUUUAGUUUACAUUGCUUCGUUGUUGAUCGGAUCCUCUUACGAACAAGGAAAUAUUACCAGACUGAUAUCUACAAGAGGUUUAGGGAUGAAAUGGAAAAGAAUGAAAAAGAAAUGGCGGCGCUUUCUACUGGGUAUAAUCAAUCUCACAGCAUAUAG